AUGCCCCCAAUGUACUCAGCCGGCAGGUUAGCACGAUCUCUGUCACUUGAGAAGCUAUCUUGCUAUCUGUAUGAUAGAGAAAUCCACAAGUGUAUUCGUCUGCCACUUGGCCAUCAAAAGAAGGUUCUUCGACCCAAACCAUCCCAUGGUAUUGAUGGUGAUAAGGCUGAGUUGAAUGUUGGCUGGCGCGAGCAGCAAAGUCUUCUCGGACACACGCAACAGCAACCACUCGACAUAUUUUACAACAUGGCCGCGGCAGGUAUGAUUCUCGCCAACAGUCGUCGUCAUCAGCAAAGGUUGCGACGAAAUCGUCUUCCUACUGAAGAGGUCCAUGUCGAGUUCCAGGUGCCCGUAUACCCAUCCGAUGAACAGAGCAUCGCCAAAACAUGUCAAGAAACACCUCCACAAUCAGCCUGGGCGUGGUUCGCUCUACUUUUUGGUAGAAUGAGAAAAGACGCAUUAUACCAAGGACCAGGCCUCGAUCAAAUCAUGCCUACCGAGUUGCUCCUCGCCAUCUCCGCUUAUCUCACCAUGGUCGACCGCGCAGUCCUAUCUCUGACGAGCUUUAGAAUGUGGACCAUUUUCGGAGAGAACAACUUUCUACUGAGUCUACCGUCUCAAAAGAAACUCGAGCUGCUGACGUUGCUGGAGAGAGACGUCGAUGAGCACAAAAACGGCAACGUCCUCUGCAGGCCCUGUCAGAUCUUCCACCACCCUUACUUGUCGAUACCCACCGCCUCUCACAGCAGCACCGGCGCCAAGGGCAGCGGCUAUAAUCGUCCCUGUCUUCAGGAACCCGCAAACCCGCAUCAGAGACUAGUUUCACCCUAUCUCCACCGCACCCUUCACUUCAACGUCCUCAAGCACUUCCACGCUGAUAAGCGUUCUAAAGUGAAUCUGUAUGGUCCUGAUCAACUUUAUCUAGUCGAUUCCGUUGCAUAUUGCCACGAGAGCGUCAAGGCAACGGUUAAACAAAUCAUGACGGGCCGUAUCUCGACACAAGGCGAAUUGCUCGUAAAGACCGUCACAGACCUUUCCGCGACCAGAAAUGACGUCCCUUACCUUUAUCAAGUACUAGAACGGAACAACCUCAUCAAAUGUUGCGGGCAUAUGUACUGGGCAGCGAGGUAUCCUUUCAUAUUUCAGCAUAAUAUGCAGUAUUAUACCGACCCUGUCGACCUUGCGAGAUACAGACGAGAAUGGGAAUCUGAUGAUCUGAGAAGGAUACGAAAUAUCUGGCAUCCGGAUGAGGAGCCCCAGCAUUCAAUGGACAAUAGGCUGGGCAUCGCAUUUUAUAUACAGGGCCUGUUCAAGGGAGGACAUCAUUCGAUUGCACUGGUGGGAAGGGUUCGGCUCAAGAUAUACUUGGGUAGGACCUGGCGAGAGCGAGAUAAAGGCAUAGGCGGGGAGAGACUGAUCGUGGCUUCUCGUUAUGAUCACCAGGGAAGGGUGGGCUUUCAAUAUCCUCCAGACACAUGCCCGCCAAAGAAAGCAAAGUGUGCGGUAGGGACGUUGCAUCUCGAAGCUGAAACUGCAUACAUAUCAGAAUUAUGGCGACAUGAAAUCUUGAAUCAAGUUCACCCCCCCGGUGCUGGACUGGGGGCUACAUCUCUUGGUGCUCAUGCUAGGAAAUAUCUGGUGCUCAAGCUGGGAUUCGAACUUGGGUAUGCGCUGAGCCUGUCGUCGAGUAGGCUGACGGGCGCCUGCUGGCUGGUGACAGGAAUGGCCGCGGGGGUGUAUAUGAAGGCUUGCUGUGUGGUUAUUCAGGUUGUGUAUUCGGACCCGGUGGAAACCUGGAUGGUCCAGGGGGAAGUCACGUCUUGGAGGGAGAGUCUUCCAUCGUGGGUCACGCACUACCUGCCUUACCAUGUUAAGCAACACUCACCAAGAGAUCAGAUGUUGAUUUGCGCUUCCUUUCGCUGCUAUAUCUACCUCAGAAUACGACACGCCUCCCAGGCGUAUCUCAGUUUUCGCGCGGGAAGAGUCUCGACCCCCUGGAAUUCUUCCUUACCUGCCAUACCUUCCAGUGAUGUUCCCUUCCAUCUCGAAAGCUCCUUCAACUUUUGUGAAGACGCGCUGAAGGAUGUCGGAAUAAGAGCUUCAACUUCCCUUCUUGAUCGUGAAACCUUGAUGGCGUCAAUGAUGCGCUGGCCAAGUCUGAAGAAGCACCCGGCUUGCUUGGUGAUUAAGAUCACUAAGAAAACAAUCGGCACCGCGGUUGCCACCAUUCGCCUCUUCUAG